AUGUACUUACUGGAGCUGUUGCUGGUAAUGCUGCAGUUACCACCCCUAUCUAUCCAAAAUUCACAGCAGUCAGAGACCAAGAUUGCCAUGGGGAAAGUGAUCCUUUCUGCCCUGGAGAAAGCCACCUCCUAUUUGGAAAUGAGGUACAGGGAAUUUAAUCUGGACUCAUUGGUUGGAUUUUUGAUGCUAAAAGUACAGCUAAAAGGUGUCCCGGAAAAAUGGGCCCAUGACUCAGACAUGAAAACCCUGACCUUGAGUGUUGAGAAGAUAAUAAAAAAGUUGACACUAAUCAUCCCCAAAGUUGAAGCUUUCCUCAAAAUUAUUGACUUCAAGUACUUAAGAGAAUUCCAAGAAAUUCUACAGCCAGAAUUUUGGAAGCUCCCUCUUUCAUGGAGUAACACAAGCUCCUCCAUGAUCUAUUCUAAGUUUGACAACUCAAAUCCUUUUCCAGAAAAAUUGAGUGAUUCUUGCAUGACACUUUUACUAGGAACCAAAAAGAACAGUAAGCCAUGCAGUGUCACCAAGGUCUGCAUGGAACUCAUGACUGCACCUAACCAAAGUGGUGAAGAACUAGUGAAACAGCUCUCCUACUUCCAAAUAGCCAAAAUGUUCCUGGAUUUCUUCAUGUGA